CAGAACAUAUAUAUAAGAUAGCGACGCUGCAUUUCACAAGUAUACUGAUUAUUUGCAAAAUGUCACAGAUUCGAUGGCUUUUGGUGUGGCUAAUUUUUUUGAUAGUAUUAGUUGACUCAUUUCGAGCCUACGGGCCAAAUGUGUGUUCUCGCCAGGAGUUUGUUACAUAUAUACAUCCGGUCUACAGGAGCAAAAAGGUACCAUACCAGGAGCACUCUUUUUGGAGUGGUUGGCAGACGAAAUAUCGCACUGAAUAUUCAUAUCAAGACGAGGUCUCCUACAGAUAUGAAACCAGGUACACCUGCUGUCCCGGCUACGAGGGAUCCAUAUACUCCUGCAGGCCCGUCUGCCAGGUGAGAUGUCCUGCCAACAGCUUCUGCGCCGCCCCCCAACAAUGUAGGUGCAACGAGGGCUACGGCGGAUCCGAGUGCCAGCCCCUCUGCCCCGCGGUUUGUGGAAAGCACGAGUUUUGCGAGCGACCCGGCCAGUGCAGCUGCCUAAAUGGCUACAGCCGGAACUCCCGCACCGAAAACUGCCAGCCCGUGUGUCCCGAGGGAUGUGGAGAUCACGGCUUCUGCGCGGAGCCAAGCCAAUGCCAGUGCGAACCUGGCUAUGAGAAGAUACAGGGCGCCUGCCAACCAUCUUGUGACCCCGAAUGCGGUCCAAACUCCUAUUGCAAGGAGCCGCACUUGUGCGCCUGCCUACAAGGAUACCAGGAAGAUGCGCAAGGCCAUUGCUCGCCCUUCUGCGGGGAAGGCUGUGGCCAGAACAGCCGGUGUGUGAGGCCAGGGGUCUGCGAGUGUGAGCCGGGAUACGCUGGUAGCGAGAGUGGGACAAAUUGCCGACCAGAGUGCUCAAGUUGCCCCGAGAACAGCAGUUGUAGCGCUCCGGAAGUCUGCGUUUGCAAUCCCGGCUUUAUGAAAAACGGCAAUCUCUGCGAGCCACACUGCGACGAAGACUGUGGCCAGAACAGCCGGUGUGUGAGGCCAGAGAUCUGUGAGUGUGAGCCAGGAUACGCUGGUAGCGAUAAGGGCACGAAUUGCCAGCCAGUGUGCUCAAGUUGCCCCGAGAAUGGCAGUUGUACCGCUCCGGAAGUCUGCGUUUGCAAUCCCGGCUACAUGAAAAACGGCAAUAUCUGCCAGCCGCACUGCGAGGAAGCCUGUUCGGACCUCGGACGCUGUGUGGCGCCCAACCAGUGCGAGUGCUAUCCGGGCCACGAGGAAACCGGAGAGGACAGAAAGUGCCAGCCCAAGUGCAGCAAGGGCUGUCCCAACGGCUUCUGUAAUACGCCGGAGAAGUGUGCCUGCAACACUGGCUUUCUGAUGGGCCCCAACGAAACGUGCGAGCCGCAGUGCAUACCUGCCUGUGUCCACGGCAAAUGCACCCAGCCGGGAACCUGCUCCUGCGAUCCUGGAUAUCGUUUCAAGGACAACUCCCAGCACGUUUGCGAAGCGAUCUGUGAGCUGGGCUGCAAGAACGGGGAGUGCAUGGCCCCAAAUGUAUGUAUAUGCAAAGAGGGCUAUCAGCCGGAAGACUUGAAUCAUCCCACAUCCGUAUGCCACCCCGUCUGUCCGACAGCCUGUGUGAAUGGAACCUGCACAGCACCGGGUGAAUGCAGUUGCCUGGAAGGAUACACAAAGUCCUCGGCCACCACUUGCAAGCCUCACUGUGCCGCAGGCUGUGAAUUCGGCGACUGCGUGGCGCCUGAUGAAUGCCAAUGUCUUCCGGGGUACGAGAACACCGACCAGGGAUGUCAGCCACAAGCCACGAGUACCUCGACCUCACAGCCCACUACCGAAACUUCUGAGGCCGUCGACACAACUUCAGCACGAGCUCGGGACCCCAUUACCACUCCUGCCACAAAAGAAACCGAUGCCACAUACGCCGACCUUCUGCAGCCUCAUUACUCCAAUUGCUCUGGCGGUUGCCUGUGCUGGAUCGAGUUCGACGACGAGGGGAUUCUGAGCACGGCCAAGUGCGCCAAGGUGUGCGCGGAUCACCAGGACCAGCCGUGUCUAGACUUGGCCAAUUGCCGCUGCGACCUGCCAAGUGGUAAGAUGAUUUGCAACGACGUUGCGCCUGAGGACGAGGACUCGAGCUCCGAGGAAACGCACUACGUCUGCCGAGUGCCGCAGCGCAUUAAAGCGCGAUCAGAGUCCGAGGUCAUGUUGGCUAAGGGCAGCACUUCGACUCCCAAAUGGAUGGUUAUCAUGGGCUCCUGUGCUGGAAUCAUCCUCGGAGCGGCCAUGGCCGCAGUAGCUGCAAAGUACUACCGAGGUUAUAGAUCCAGACACAACUUUGAAACGGAAGCCAUCUAUGAGAACUGAUCGUUAUAGUCUCUAAUCUACAUGUACUAACAGUAUUCAUUAUAUACCCUUGAAGUUUACUCACUUUUAAUGCUGUGUUUUUUCUUAUUUUCUAAUAAAGUCUAAAGUUUCUAAUAAACUUGAUCGUAAUAAUACUUUUAUAAACGGAAA